AGGCUGCUGCCUCCACGCUCACUUUAACACACACAUUUAUGCACACACUCCUUACCACACACACUCACAGGGAGACAGCCGGCUGCCUCUGAGCCUCUCCGAAAGCUUCCUGGUGACAUUAACGUUUGGAUCACCGUCAGAGCUGCUCUCCUCUUCUCCUCGCCGGCUCAGGCAGCCUGACUGGAUGUUUCUGUGGCUGCGUGCCGAGGCGGAGUGCUUACCUCAGGAUUUACAUCUGAGGAUGGCCGUGUGAUAAACAGCUGUGAGUGGAGGAGGAGGACGAUACGCUGCAGCAUCAGACCGCUCUGGUUGACAGUUUCUCUUCUGCACAAAUGGACGUUUCACCUCCAGCAGGAGGACGGGGCUGCUACUGCGUCCACAGAUGGAUUACUUUAGACUCUGAGGGGGGAAAAUGCUGAUAUAAGAGGAACUGGAGGGUUAGAUCUGGGAGUGGAAGAUGGGACAAGAAACUUUGGGAUUAAUCAGCAGCAGAGUUGUCACGGGACCAGGACUUUCAGUUUUGAUACAGCAGAAGAUGCCAUGUUACGAUUUUUGAUUCCACAGCAACAAAAAUGACCGUUGAUUUCCAGACGACACACUAGAAAGGGAAGCUGAGCGCUCUGAAAAUUUGACAUAGAAAGUCAACCUAACCUGUGAAUAAUCCUGAAUAAUCAGAGGUUCCGUCUGCAGGGUUACCGCCCUAUAAUCUCCUUAUUCAGGGCUUUUCCAGAGCAUCAGUGUUUGUUUACUAAGUCCACAGGUCUGGAUGUAGAGAAAAAACUUAAUGUCUCUAGAUCUCUGCCUGCCUGUUAAAGACAUUAAUAUCAUUUUGCAUGUCCUAAAGCAAUGGCAAAGGGACUGAAAAAGGAUUUGCUGACCAGUGAAUCAACCCGAUGAGAGGUGCACGGAGCACAGACUCAAACUUCAGACAGGAAGCAGCGCGACAUCACCAGCAGUUCAAAGUGUGACAGCGGUGAGACAAUCAGAAAAAGAUCUUUGUAUCGCUGCUUUUUUGGAGUCCUUCUCUUUCCCCUGGCUUGUGGUAUCUUUGGGUCUAAGGUCGGACUAAAUCUGGGUUUUUUUGGUACUUUUUGGUGCCACUGAACUUAAAAACAAACAGGCAUUGUCUUGUUUAAUCCUGCAUGCUAUCAAACCGUAUUGAACCUUACUCCUUAGACUUGGCUGACUCGAUGAAAGCUAUGCUAAGCUAAAGCCGCCCCCUUCCCUCCUCCAGUCCAAACAUGAACUCUUCCUCUGAUGCGAACCAAAGCGGCUCCCCUCCGUUCUGCCUGCUUGCCGCCGUAGGUUACCCGCAUUACUUGGACACGUGCGUGCUAGAGGUGGUGGUCAUCCUCUUCCUGACCGUUCUCAUCAUCGCCGGUAACCUGGUGGUGAUCGUGGUCUUCCACUGCGCCCCGCUGCUGCACCAUCACACCACCAGCCACUUCAUCCAGACCAUGGCGUACGCCGACCUGCUGGUUGGCGUGAGCUGCCUCGUGCCCUCGCUGUCCCUCCUCCACAACCUCCGCCACCUGAACGAGGAGCUCACCUGUAAGGUGUUCGGCUACAUGGUGUCCGUGCUGAAGAGCGUCUCCAUGGCGUCACUGGCGUGCAUCAGUGUGGACCGCUACAUCGCCAUUACCCGCCCGCUGUCCUACGCUACGCUGGUGACACCAUGCAGGCUGCGGGUGUGCAUCGUCCUCAUCUGGGUCUACUCCGCUCUGAUAUUCCUGCCAUCCUUCUUCGGCUGGGGGAAGCCGGGUUAUCAUGGCGACAUAUUUCAGUGGUGCGCCGACUCUUGGAAGACCAACCCGGGGUUCAGCACCUUCAUCGUAGCGCUGCUCUACGCCCCGGCGGCGCUCAUAGUCUGCUUCACCUAUGGGAGUAUUUUCAGGAUCUGCCGACAGCACACCAAGGAGAUCACGCAGCGCCACGCCCGCUUCAGCUCGCAGAUAGAAGGCGAAAAAAGUGAGCGUUGCGAGGGCCACCCAGACAAACGCUACGCCAUGGUGCUGUUCCGCAUCACCAGCGUCUUCUACGUGCUGUGGAUGCCCUACAUCCUCUACUUCCUCCUGGAGAGCGCCGGGCUUUAUCAGCACAAGGUGGCGUCCUUCCUCACCACAUGGUUAGCCAUCAGCAACAGCUUCUGCAACUGUGUCAUCUACAGCCUCUCCAACAGCGUCUUCCAGAAAGGUCUGGGCCGACUCUUCAGACCGUUGGUUCCUUCCUGUCUCGGCUGCACGGAUGCCAAAAAAGCUCCGCCUCCUGUCAGCCCGCGUCAGGACCCUCGCUGCCAAGUAUGAGUCCUGAAUGCGAGGUUUUUGGGUUCAGCUGUUUGGAGGCACGGCCCAUCUGUGUGUGCUCUGCUCUUGGCUGCAGAAGCAUGACAUGGGUCUUUUUGGUCCUGCAGUAAAAAGUGCUGAGGACCCGCCGCUCGGAGCUCAGAGAGGUGGUGUGCAGAUUCCUGAUGUUCGUCUUAGCGGGCUGAUAUAUGCAAGAAGGAGGCGGGGAGUUUCUUUAAAGCUCUGCAGGAUUAAGAGCUGGAGACUCGGAGUAGAGAAGGCUGAUAUUUAUUUAAAAAAGUGGAUUUUUGGGAACAGAUUCAAAGGAUUUAAGCUUUCAUGUCUGCACUGACUCACUAACUCCCAGAUGCAAAAAAAGAGAGAAGUACAACACGGCACGAGUUGUGUGAUUCACUGAAAUGCAAAUAAUGUUUUAAGUGUUUAAAAGUUUGCAAAAUGUCUUUCAGGGUAAGGUGAUGCAAAAAAUGUUGAAACUGUCCAAUCAGCUGUUUCCUUUGGGAACGUCUAAUGCUAAUAUGCUAACAGCGUGUCCUAACAGCAUGCAAAACCAGCAGUAUCACCUUAAAUCCACUGUUUCCUACUGAAGAGUCCGUGCUUAUGUUGCAGCAGGAUGCAUCAUUUUACUCCGUCCUGUUCCUCUUCUCUCUGCUGCUCACAUUGGCAUGGAUGAGGAAAGAGGGAGAUGAGAUGGCACCAGGAGCAUCUGGCAGUAAAAUCUUCUCACAGAGACCCUUGGCUUGUUUUUCACGGUGCAUUUUUGGUCUCCAUGUCUGUUACUUUGUUAACAUGGAGCCAAAACUUUACUUGACUCACUGACAGCACACAGCGCCACACUUCUGCUUCUCCACCUUCAAAAUAAAAGAUAUUUCACUGUUUAAGAGAGUUACGCAUGCACAAUAAUGGAUUUUUGGCAAUAUUCACAAAUUUGUUUGAGCAAAUAUUGAUAUCGGCACUGAUAUUUAAAUAUAGUUCAGACCAAAAACUUCAGUCCUUCAAGCAGACUUUAAAGUUAAAGGAGUGGAUGAGCAGAGAUUAAGACAGCUGACGUACAUCUGUUGGUCCAGACUAAAACUCCACUGACUGGAGUUAUGAUCCACAUUCACAGAUAGAAGCUGAUAUUUAAGGCCAAUAUAUUAAUAACUAGAAAAGCACUCGGAGAGCGCCUACCUCCACCAUUAACCCUA